UCUGUAGCAUGAAUCAAUGGCAUCAAGCAAAUCAAUUACUCAAUGAAAUGAUAUCGAAAGACAUACAACCAGAUGUUUAUACAUUUAGCAUCCUAGUUGAUGCAUUAUGUAAAGAUGGAAGGAUUGUACAAGCUCAAGCUGUAUUUGCUAGGGUGGUGAAGAGCGACCAGAGCCCUAAUGUUGUUACAUAUAAUGCUGUGAUGGAUGGACAUUGUUUGACCAAUAAUAUCAUUGAGGCUAAAGAAGUUUUUAACAAGAUGAUUGAAAAUGGUUUGGCACCUGACCUUUUUAGUUAUAAUAUUUUGAUCAACGCAUGUUUUAAGAAGAAAAUGGUGGAUGAAGCGAUGGAUCUUUUUAAGGAAUUGCAUUCCAAAAAUUUGGUUCCUGAUGUUAUAACUUAUACUUCCAUUAUUGAUGGGUUGCUCAAAUCACAAAGAAUCUCAUGCGCGCAAGAUAUUAUUUAUGAGAUGCACGAGAAGGGUCUUCACCCUGAUAUCAUCACUUACAGUAUCUUGUUAGAUGCACUUUGCAAAAUGGGACGUCUUGACAAGGCAAUUACUCUAUUUAGGCAAAUUGUUGAUCAAGGAUUCCAGCCUAAUGUGAAGACCUACACUAUACUUAUUGAUGGUUUGUGCAAAGGUGGUAGAUUAAAUGAUGCGUGGGAGAUUUGUCAGUAUCUUUUGGCUAAAGGUUAUCAACUAGGUGUCCACACAUAUACUGCUAUGCUUCAUGGACUUUGCAAAGAUGGUUUGCUUGAUGAAGCCGAGGCCUUGCUUGAUAGAAUGUUAGAGAACAAUUGCCUCCCAAACUUUGUAACUCUCAAUGUUAUUAUCCGAUAUCUUCUUGAAAACAUUGAGAAUGACAAGGCAGGUAAGGUUCUCAGUAGAAUGAUUUAUAGAGGCGUAUUGAAGAAAUAA